CGAAGGCGCGGAUUUGAUCGGCUGUAUUGUGCUGCCUCGGCACAACGCCUGCGACGAUCCAGUGCUUGAAAGUCGCCCAAUCCCCACACACAUGUUUCUCUUGGAGGCUUGAAAUUACUGUCUCGACCAUGGCAUCACUAUCACGAUCACUCAGACCGUUUGCACGCGCCGCUGCUGCUUCGUCACGCUCUCUACGACCCGCAGUACUUCGGGCCGCCCCGCAAGCACGAUGCCUCUCAGCGACGCGCGCUCGCCGUGAAGCCUUUGACAUCUCUGACGUUCCCCCAACGCCCAUAACCCACCUCUCGGAGACGGAGACGCUCAUGAGCGAUUCCGUGUCCAAGUUCGCCAACGAUGUCAUUCUACCGAGAGCACGAGACAUGGAUGAGGCAGAGGCCAUGGACCCCGCUGUGGUAGAACAGCUCUUUGAGCAGGGUCUCAUGGGCAUUGAGAUACCCGAGGAAUACGGCGGCUCGGGCAUGAACUUCACAUCCGCCAUCAUUGCUAUUGAGGAGCUGGCGCGUGUGGAUCCUAGUGUCAGCGUCCUAUGCGAUGUACACAACACAUUGGUCAACACAGCUGUCCUAAAGUUUGGCUCAGAGAAGAUUAAGAAGCAGUGGCUGCCCAAGCUGGCAACCAACACGGUCGGAUCCUUCUGUCUUUCAGAGCCCGUCUCCGGGUCAGACGCUUUCGCUCUUGCCACCAAAGCCACACGGACAGACAAUGGGUACAAGAUCAGCGGUAGCAAGAUGUGGAUCACGAACAGCGUCGAGGCAGACUUCUUCAUCGUCUUUGCCAACCUUGACCCAAGCAAGAAGUACAGGGGCAUCACUGCCUUCAUCGUCGAGAAGGGCACCCCUGGCUUCUCCAUUGCGAAGAAGGAGAAGAAGCUCGGCAUCAAGGCCAGCAGCACAUGCGUCAUCAACUUCGACGAUGUCGAGAUCCCCAGAGAUAACCUGCUUGGCAAGGAGUUUGAGGGCUACAAGUACGCCAUUGGUCUUUUGAACGAGGGUCGUAUUGGUAUUGCCGCACAAAUGACGGGUCUGGCACUAGGCGCCUGGGAGAAUGCCGCAGGGUACGUGUGGAACGACCGCAAGCAGUUCGGCCAGCUCAUCGGAGAGUUCCAGGGCAUGCAGCACCAGCUCGCACAAGCCUGGACCGAGAUUCAAGCCGCCCGCGCCCUCGUGUACAAUGCUGCCCGCAAGAAGGAGGCCGGCGAGGACUUCGUCAUGGAUGCUGCCAUGGCCAAGCUGUAUGCCUCCCAGGUCGCUGGAAAGGUAUCCAGCUCGGCUGUUGAGUGGAUGGGCGGCAUGGGCUUCGUCCGCGAGGGGCUUGCGGAAAAGUACUUUAGGGACAGCAAGAUUGGUGCUAUUUAUGAGGGAACCAGCAACAUCCAGUUGACCACCAUUGCGAAGCAUCUUCAAAAGCAGUAUACCAAAUAGGUGCAUCAUCCAACAGGGGGACGGGCGUACUUUUGCAUUGCGGGAGCAUUUAUUGUAGAUACUUGAAUCGAUUGCAUGUGAACGGACGGGGCAUGUCUCCAUACAUGUCAACUUGCGCAAAGCAUCGUGGGGGUCAAGAUGUGUCCCAACGUAGCUACUUCCUACAGCGAGGGAUAGGUACUGCAGUUGAGUGAUGCCGAUCGUGGAUAUUUACACCAAAGGCUAGUGAUCUGAGGGGAAAAUGGUUGCCGAACGCGCGGGGAUUGGAAGCGAAUUUGACCGUGGAUGGCAUGACAUACAUGACACGACAAGCCCGGAAUCUUGAGGCUUACCCCGUAUCACAGGGGUGAUUUGUUGCCCCAUUUGC